AUGAGAUCCAGCUCCAACAUUCAUGCUGACUCCGAGCAUUCGCUUGAAAGCUCGGGCUCUGCGGAGAAGCAGAGCUUCCUCCCUGCCGGCCCGAGCGAUGAAGAGAUGUCCAAGCGGUUGAGCGAUCUCAGACGGGAGCUUGAGGAUGCCAAAGUGGACUGUUAUGUGGUACCCAGCGAGGAUGAGCACCAGUCUGAGGAGGUAGCCAUCAAGGACAAGCGGAGGGAAUGGAUCUCCAGAUUUGACGGCUCUGCGGGGACGGCCAUUAUCCCUCGAUCCACCUCGAGCAAGGCCCUGCUCUUUGUUGACUCACGGUACUGGCUCCAGGCCGAACAGCAGAUCAACAAGGAGGAGUGGACAGUGGUCAGGGUCGGCUCUGUCGCAGGGAGUGGACCGGCGAGUGUAUUGUCCGGAUGGACAGAUUGGGCUGUGAAGGAUGCCGAGGAUGGUAGCAGAAUAGGAAUUGAUCCCAGACUGAUCUCGUCAGCGUCCGCCGAUUCUCUUCUGGCCCGCCUCGAAGACACCGCAUCUCGUCUCGUCCCGAUCACCUGCAACCUCGUCGACCGGGUCAGAACCCUCCCUCCCCAGCAGAUCAACGCACUCAAACAUCACCCUGUCUCCUUCUCAGGCGAGACCACCCUCUCCAAGCUCUACCGACUCCGUACCAUCCUCUCAGACAAGGUCGUCUCUGGCCGAGAAUGGGCGUAUGUGCUCCCAGCACUACCGCCUAUCGCUUGGCUCCUCAAUAUGAGGUGCGAGGGCGACGUGCCAUUCUGUCCCGUCGGCUUCGCGUAUGUCGUUCUGACGAGGGAGAAGUGCCUGGUGUUCGUGGAUGAAGCGAAGGUGGUAGAUGAGGAGCUGAAGAAGGAUUGGAAGGAGGCCGGAGUGGAAGUGCGGAAGUAUGGGAUCGAGGAGGUCGGGAAGGCGCUCAAGGAUAUAGAGAAGAAGGUGAAAGCGGAUGAGAAGAAGUCGGGGAUGAAGGUGUGGACAUCGGCAAGUGCCAGCUGGGCGUUGAAGAACGUGUGCGAGUCGUUCCAGGCGGAGAUUAUCCCUUGUCCCGUCACAAUCACCAUGGCCGUCAAGAAUGCUACUGAGCAGGAGGGCUUCCGGCAGGCGUACCUUCGGGACGGACGAGCAAUGGUCCGGUGGAUUGCUUGGCUGGAAGGUCUGCUUCUGAAGGAGAAGCGGGAGGUGGGGGAAUGGGCGGCGGUGCAGACUCUGACUAGAUAUCGGAGACAAGAGGACCAUUUCGCCGGAUUGGCAUAUGAGGAUAUCUCCGCAUCUGGACCCAACGGAGCACUGGCGCAUUACCAUGCGAAGCGAGGGCAAGAUAUGCCAGUCGGCGUGGACGCGCCAUAUGUCGUUGAUUCCGGAGCGCAGUAUCUAGAUGGAACGAUAGAUACGACCCGAACCAUUUAUUUCGGCAACAAGCCCUCGGACGAGAUCAAGCGGGCCUACACACGGGUUCUGCAGGGUCACAUGGCCGUUGCGCAGUUUUCUUUCCCAGAAGGAAUGGAUGCGAGCUGGAUGAACAUGCUCGCUAGAGCACCAUUGUUCGAGGACGGCCUCGAGUUUGGACAUGGGCUGGGGCACGGUGUGGGUUCAUACCUUGGCGUACAUGAAUAUCCUGUAUCGUUCCCCCAUGGCUUCUCAUUCCAGCCUGGACACGUCACGACUGUUGAGCCGGGCUACUAUAAGGAAGGAGAGUUUGGGAUUCGUAUCGAGAACCUAUAUUUGUGCAAAGACAAAGACCCAAAGUCGACCGAGAAGAAGUGGUACGAAUGGGAGCGAAUGUCCCAGGUGCCUAUCCAGACAUCCCUCGUCGACUGGUCCAUCAUGAGCAAGGACCAGAUCAAAUGGCUCAACGCACAUCAUACCGAUGUUGAGAACGCGCUCAUGCCGCUCCUGGAUCAGGGCGACCAGGACAAGGAGGCGAGAGACUGGCUGAAGAAGGCGUGCAAGCCAAGGAAGAUCUGGCCGUGGACUCGCUAG